AUGGAGCCACAAUUAUCCUGGCAACCCCCUUUCAAAUGGCAAGUACUGGGUUUGUUUUUGCUGUUCAGCCGGGCAUUGGUUACAGGACAGAUCCAUUAUUCCAUGGUGGAGGAAUCGGAGCUGGGGACCAUAGUGGGGAAGGUGGCUCAGGACUUGGGCUUAGCAGUGGCAGAUCUUUCAAGUCGCAGGCUGAGGCUGGGCUCUGAGGAGAACAAGAGAUACUUUGCAGUUAACUUGGCCAACGGUGCUCUGAUAGUGAAUGAAAAAAUAGAUCGAGAGACCCUAUGCGGAGCAAGCUCGGUGUGCUUAUUGCCAGUCCAAGUAGUGAUAGAAAAUCCCUUGGAGCUUUUUCACCUGGAGGUAGAGAUCCUGGACUUAAAUGACAAUUCCCCUGGUUUCCUCACUCCCAGGCUUGUACUGAGGAUAGCAGAGUCUGCCACCACAGGGUCACGCUUUCCACUGGAGAGCGCUCAUGAUGCGGAUGUGGGGUCCAAUGCAGUCAGUGCCUACCAACUCAGUCCCAACCCCCACUUCUCACUUAACAUAAAGAACGUGAAGGACGGCAAGCUUUUACCUGAGCUGGUGCUAGAGCAACCUUUGGAUAGAGAGCAACAAGCAGAACACCAGCUCAUCCUGACUGCCUGUGAUGGGGGGGAACCUGUCCUGUCAGGAACAGCUCAGCUCACCAUUGUGGUCCUCGAUAAUAAUGACAAUGAGCCUGCAUUUGAUCUUCCUGUGUACAAGAUAAGUCUUUUGGAGAACAUCCCUGUGGGCUCUUUGCUUUUCAAACUUAAUGCAACUGACCCUGAUGCAGGUUCUAAUGGGGAAAUACAGUAUUCCUUUGGAAUCCAUACACCCGAUUCCAUUCAGAAAUUGUUUGGCUUGGAUCCCCAUACAGGUGAGAUCCAUGUCCAAGGAGUUGUGGAUUUUGAAGAAUCCCAUUUUUAUGAACUUCAUGUAAGGGCCAGAGACAAGGGCAUUCCACAAAUGGAAGGCCACUGUGUUAUCCAUGUUGAAGUUGAAGAUGAGAAUGACCAUCCCCCAGAGGUUCUUCUUACCUCCCUGGUAAACCCAGUGCCAGAAAACACCCCUUUAGAGACAGUUGUGGGGCUUUUCAAUGUAAGAGACCAAGAUUCAGGUGCCAAUGGAAAAGUGAGCUUACAAAUAUCACCAAACUUGCCCUUUAAAAUUAAAUCUUUUGACAACCACUAUUCUUUGAUUACAUUUGAGAAGCUAGACAGGGAAACAGUCUCUCAAUACACUAUCAAGCUGACGGCCCAAGAUUCAGGGUCCCCACCUUUAAUCACAGAUGUCACUGUCUUGCUGAACAUUUCAGAUGUUAAUGAUAAUGCCCCAUACUUCUCUCAACAUUCCUAUAACUCCUUCUUGAAGGAGAACAAUCCACCCGGCUCUCUGCUAUGCACUGUGGUUGCCUCUGAUCCUGACGAGGGUGACAAUUCCCGGCUUACUUACUCAGUGGCAGGAAGUCAGAUCCAAGAUGCUCCAGUCUCAUCUUUUAUUUACAUCAACCCAGAUAAUGGGAACAUCUAUGCUCAGCACUCCUUUGACUAUGAGAUGCUUCAAGUGCUGCAAAUCCCCGUCAUUGUGCAUGAUGCUGGGUCACCCCAGCUGAGCUCCAGUGUCACUGUCUACCUCUUCAUACUGGAUCAGAAUGAUAAUGCACCUGUUGUUUUGUACCCAGUGACUGGCCAGGAAUUGUCAGCACUCCAGAGAAUCCCUCAGUCUGCACCGGCAGGCUAUGUGGUCACAAAAAUCACAGCAGUGGAUGCAGACUCUGGCCAUAACGCCUGGCUGUCUUAUUCCUUGCUUCCCCAGUCUACUGACCCCUCUUUGUUCCGAGUGGCUCCCUACACUGGGGAAAUUUGGACUGUUCGAGAUUUCCAAGAAACGGAUCUCCCAGCACAGAAAAUCCUUGUUCUGGUGAAGGACAAUGGAGAACCACCUUUGUCCACCACCGUCACCAUCUUGGUCUCACUGGAGGAUAAAGUACCUGAGGAAGGGCCUCAAUCGCACGACUUCCUGACUCAUCCCAAAGAAAAAUCUGACUUGACCCUCUAUCUGAUUAUUGCACUGGUGGCAAUUAGCAUUGUGUCCCUUGUUACGUUCAUCAUCUUGUCUGCAAAAUGCUUUUGGAAUAAAAAAGACAGAGAUUCUUCUUGCUGUAGCCUGAGUGAUACUCCUGCCAGGGAUGUUUUCAAACAAUCCAGCCCCAAGCUGCAACUGAAUUCAGAUGGCACACUGAAAUACAUGGAGGUUACACUCAGGCCCACAGACUCUCAGAGUCAGUGUUAUAGAGCCAGCUAUUCUCCAGGGUCGGACAGAAGUGAUUUCACCUUUAUGAGGCCUGUGGAUUAUCCUCAAUCAAGUACUCUGACAAGAGAAUUUGACUCUUUCUUAUCUCGUACUGAUACACUGAACCAUUCCAGGCAGCCUGGUGUCUCUAGGUUAAAAACAGCAGGUUACGCGGUCCUUUUUCGCACAGUAGCAACUUCCAGACGUGGAUUGGUGCGUGUGUUGCUGUCCUGGGAAGCAGUCUGCUGA